AUGGCAGAAUCCAUCUCGACGCGGCUUCGCGAAAACAUCAACGCUGUGACGGGCGAUGCUUCCACGCCAAUCGAUGCACGGGUGUUUGAAGAGGCAGAAUUGGUUCUCGCCGACACAUUAUCGGCAGAACAACGUCAAGCACUGCUCGUCGACUUGUCUGCACUCCUGUCCACCCUUCAACAAGACCCCACGCCAAUCGUCAAUCUGCUCCUGAGACUGCUCCGCGAUGUCCCAUAUGCACACAUGCUCGCUCUUGGCACCGUCCCCUUCACACAAGGUCUGGCCGUGGGAGCUCAUAUGGUCCCUUUCAAUCGUCUCAUCCUCGCCAUCCUCCGCAAGGCCACGCACAACGCGGCCGAUGCAGCUUCCGUGGCCGGCAUGCAGGACACGAUGCUCGCCCUGGUCAAGCUCUGGCUGUGCACCGACGACACRGGAGUCGCUGGCCAGUCCUCUCAACUUCUCCUAGACUUGCUGAGAGUCGACCAGCAACUCGCAACUCAUCCAGACGCAUAUAUCCCCGCCGGUGGUCAGGGUCUCGUCUGGAAACGCCUCUUUGGAGAUCGCGACAUCUACUCCACCUUCUUCGACGCAUGUGCCGUACACGGACCUUCCACCAUCAAACCCGACAAGAUCCAUCGUACGCUGGCACAAGCUCGACUACUCGAAUGGCUGCCGACAGUGGGCGCCAUGGACUGGGACGCCAUCUGCAAAAGCCAUCACCCGGAUGUGGAAUCCUCCUAUGGUCUCGAGCCGGAAGCCGGUCUACUGGACUUUGCAGCAUUACACAUGGUCGAUUACAAAGACGACGUUCUCAUGCAUGUCUGCCUGGUAGACUUUUACUCCAACCUUCUACGCAUCUCUCCACCUCCUUCAAUGCGCAUGACCGCAUCUUCGAAUGAGACCCAAGCCCUGCUCUAUCUGAUCUGCCAAGGCGUACAUACGAGAACCGCAUCCCUGUAUCUGCAGCUUCCUGGCACCGACCUAGAUCCUGUCGACUCCAUGUUUCUCUACGGUCCAGCGGCAAACUACAUCGCCACCUACGCCUCACAAUACCCACAACACUUCCUCGCCAGCCAACUACCAUCCCAAAUCUUCACUAGACUAAGCUCGGCUUUCGACAAAUCCGCCGGAGAAUGGGCUCAUGCAGACUCCCCAAAACACGAUCUCCACCUCCUGGCCAGUCUCCCCCGAAAAGCUCUUCUAGUCUCAUCCCCAGCCAACUWCCCAUCCAGUCCCCUCUCCCUCCUCCCCACCAAAUCCACCAACCCCGACGUCCUCAACACCCUCGCCACAAUCUUCCACGGCCCCGAAACUCCAGAAAUCCUCAUCGGCAAACUCUCCUCCCCACCAAACAAGUCUCAACGCCAUGAAGAAAAACAACAAGAAGAAGCAACAGCCGCACGACUCCUCUACUUCCAAUACCUCGCCCACAACCCCACUCUCUGGCUCAACAUCACCAACCACGCCGAUACCAUCGCCCUCCAAGACCUCGCCCUAGCAGCCAUCAACGUCCUCCACUCCGUCAUAACAGCGAAUUGGACCUCCCCAUCAUCAUCAUCCAACCCUCUCCCAUCAACCCUAGCAACACCCCCCUCAGGCCACCUCGCCAUCCUCACCCCUCCAGCUCUAGAAUACACUCUCCCUUACCUUCUCAAACCCCCUCAAACCUUCUCCAACCUCGUCGGUGGCGGAAGGGGAGACGUGCAAGGUUCCGCGUAUUUGAUCGCGACGGCAAAAUUCGAGUCGCUGAAAGUUUUCGCGAGGAGGUUGGAAGGGCAGGUGCAGGAACGACCUGGAGAGGGUUUCGAGGAGAUUUUGGAGACGGUGAAGAGGAGAGUUGUCGCGGGGCCGUUGUCAAGGGAGGGAGAGGUUGGGGGGAGGAUUGCUACGAUGGAGAUGUGA